CGAUAACAGGAUCAUCUCCGAAAGAAAUAUAAAUAUCAUCGUAAAGUAUGCGUGUGAAAUAAUAAAAUCUGAAAUCUUGUCUCUUUUACUUUAAUAUGAAUACAGAACAAAAAAAGCCUGUUCUUUUCAAUUAUUAUAGAUCUUCUGCUUCCUGGCGUAUUCGUAUUGCUUUAGAAUGGAAAGGAGUUCAAUAUGAUUAUGUGCCUAUUAAUUUGUUAAAUAAAGAGAAUUUCUCUGAAGAAUAUCGCAAAAUAAAUCCUGCUCAAAAACUACCUGCAUUUACUACAAAGGAUGGAGACCUUAUAGCUCAGAGUCAAUCUAUUAUUGAAUAUAUUGAGGAAACUUAUCCAGAGCGUCCAAUGCUUCCAAAGUGUCCAGUUCAAAAAGCUUAUGUUCGCGAGAUUUGUCAAAUAAUUGCUUGUGAUAUUCAUCCCCUUCAAAAUCUUGGCGUCCUUCAACGUAUUGGAGGCGAUGAUCAAGAUAAAAAGAUGGAAUGGGCUAAUACCACCGUCACACUUGGCUUUAAAGCCUUAGAAGCUAGACUUGAAAAGCUUUCAGGCACUUACUGUGUCGGUGAUUCAAUUACUAUGGCCGAUAUGUUCUUAGUUCCUAUGGUUGGCAAUGCGAACAGAUGGAAUGUUGAUAUGACUCAAUUUCCUAUUAUUAGUCGUAUUCACAAGGCUUUAUCUACUUUACCUGAAUUUAUUGCUGCUUCUCCACAAAAUCAGCCUGAUUGUCCCAAGGGAAAUUAAUAAUAAUAAUGUAUGAAAUGCAUGAAUCUAAAUAAAGUCACGUUAUCAUGCUGCUUUAUUAUAUUCA